CUCUGAGGCUGUUCUGCAGAUGACGGCCAAGGCACUGGAAGGGGAAGCAUCGUGGUCUGCCAGGGCAUGGGAAGAAGAGGCAGCGACUUUCCACCUCAAUGCAGGAGCCAACAACCCUGCCACGGCUGUAUACGACUACAGCAAGCUGCUCAUUGGCUAUAGAUCCUGGCUGGGCCAAGCCUGCUAUGUCACCAGGAUGGACAAGGACAACAUCCAGGGCCUGGACGCCAUCACCAAGGCAUUCCAGUAUCACCAGGGUGAAGGCCAGGACGAGGGCUUCUCCAUGCCCCCAGGCGAUCGCUCUACCCUGGGCACCACCAUCAACAUCCUCUGCAGCCACCUUCCCAUCUACUGGGCUUAGCAGCAGCUCAGGAUGCAGCAAGGGCCCGCAUGGGAUGGGAAAGCCACGUCCUUCACUGGAGCCCACACCACAGCUUUACUGGUCACGUCCCUGGGUGCGAUUCAGGAGCCGGCUGGCUUUGUGGAGACUUCUCUCACUGGCCCUGAUUCAGGAAAGCUGAACUUCAAGGCACACCCUUGAGUCCCCAUGAUUUCAGGAAGAGUCCAUCUGUACCCCAUUUG